AUUCUCUUUGUUGGGUUUCAGGUACAAAUGUGACUAUGGCUGUGGUCACUGACUCUGUUCUGGUGGAUGUGCUCAUAGCUUUCAUUCCUGUUCUGUCCUUUCUGUACUGGUACAUCACAAAUAACGAUGACUACUGGGACAAACGAGGCGUGGCCAACGUGAAGAAAGGGUUCUUUUGGGGUGUCUUUUUUGGAAAACAAUCACAAACUGACGUAUUUAAGGGGAUAUACGAUAGAUUUCCUGACGAAAAUUAUGUAGGACUGUUCCAAUUCAAAACGCCUGUUCUUAUGGUGCGAGAUCCUGACCUAAUAAACAAGAUUUUGGUGAAAAAUUUCACUGACUUCCAAAACAGGGGAAACCCAAUACCUAAGAAAGAUAUCAUCUCUAAAAAUUUGUUUGGAUUAAGAGGAAGUGAAUGGCGAACAUUACGUCACAAGUUAACGCCCACUUUCACAACUGGUAAAUUGAGAGGAAUGUUCGAGCAGAUCUCCAAAAGUAGUGAAAAUCUGCUUAAAAAGAUAGAAGAGGUUUCAACUGUGAAUAAAGAAGUUAAUUCUGGUAACGUUCUGUUUGAAUUCACGUUAGAUGUGAUCGCAAGCUGUGCUUUCGGAGUCCAGUUCCCACCAGGUAGUCCUGACUUCAAAAAGUUCAAGAUGAUUGUAAAAAAAAUGUUUUCCGGUUCCCGUUUGCGACUUUUAAAAGUCACCUUUAUAAAAAUGGCGCCAAAAAUAGCUGAAUUUUUUAACAUUACAUUAUCUUCAAAUGAAGCUACAGAAUAUUUUAUGAAUAUGACCAAAGCUACUAUAAAAUGUCGUAAGGAAAAUAAUAUCUACAGAAACGACUACUUUCAACUGUUGAUAUCACUGAAGGAGGAUGAAGAGAAUGGGAAGAUCAAGCCCACUGUAGCUUCUCACGUUAAUGAGGAAGACACUGUCAUUGACCAGAUGAGUUACACAGAGGAAGAUGACAAAUUCCUGGAUAGAUCUGAGAUAUGUUUCACAGAUGAAGUAAUUGCUUCAAACACUAUCAUAUUCCUGACUGGUGGUUCGGAAACAGUGGCUCGCACAAUAGUCUUUGUUCUGUUUGAGCUAUCAAGGCAUCCUGAAUUCCAACAAAAACUUCAGCAGGAGGUGGAUUCUGUGUUGUCUAAACACGGGGGUUGGUCCUAUGAGGCUCUCAGGGCCAUGACAUAUCUGGAUCAAAUCAUUCAAGAGUCACAGAGGAUGUACCCGAUCCUACCCAUGCUGAGGAGAGAGUGUGUCCGCCCGUACAAGGUACCUGACUCUGACCUCAUCAUAGAGAAGGGAACGUUGAUUCUUAUUCCCGUUGUUGGCCUUCACAAAGACCCCAAACACUACCCUGAACCUUCACAGUUCAACCCAGAAAGAUUCGAGGGCAACAACUUCAAACCCAGUUCAACGUUCUUACCCUUUGGCGAUGGACCAAGAAUUUGUAUUGCAAUGAGGUUUGCAGUGAUGGAGGUGAAGGCUUGUGUGGCCAGGAUUAUGACUCAGUACUCAGUGAAACUUAGCCACAAAACUCAACUACCACUCCAGUUUGAAAUUCGUUCGUUCGUACCAAUAAUUAGAGGUGGACUGUUUCUUGUUUUUGAAAAGAGAUUACCCAAACCAGUGUUGCCAUAAAAAAGCAGUAAGCUUAUAUCCUAUUGUAACUGUAAGGAAAUUGUUGCUAAUAUUACUAUUGUUAUUAAUUUGUAUUCACUUUUAUAUAAUAUUAUAUAUUUAAUUUAUUUUAAUUUCCUAAAUAAGAAAUGUAUUUGAAAACAUGCAAAUAAAUACAUCUGCUAUC